UCUGUUGGAAGUACUGAAGCCUACGUUCUGUUCAAGUACUCUACUUUCGAAAAGAUGAGCUUCACUGUUGUUGAGUUCACAGACAAUGCUAUUGAGGUUGUGCCAUCUUCAUGGCUUGGACACACUUCUGAGCAUGGCAUGGUCUGCUACUGGACGACACACAAUGUGCGAUUGCAUGUUGUGAAGUGCCGAGCACCAAAUACAACUUGGGCCAAACAUCCCGUUAAGAAAACCUGGUACGAAACAGAUUCAUACGCCAAAGCUGAACAGAAGUGUUUGCAAUUGAUGGAGUCCUCAAGUGUUGAGACAGAGGAUGAUGUGAACGCUUUUGCAAUAAGGCAGCGUAAGCGCCCAAGGAGGUUUGUCUCCGAAUCCUCUGAUGAUGAUGAUUCUGCUCCAGUGGUAGCAGCAACCAAGAAGCAACCCAAGACUCUGACUGUGCCUGGAAGCCCUGUGUGUCGGCAGGACCCAAUGCCCCUACCACCACAAUGUAAGUGGUCAACACCAGCCGGGACUGGAGCCAGUCCUCACCACCCUAGCCCAAGUCCUGUUGACCCUGUUCAAGCCAGCAGCCAGGCACUACACCCAAUUCAGUCAGCCAGGCACCUCCAAGAGUCACUGGAAACCUCUUUUGACUCUGUUCAAGCCAGCAGCCGGACGCUUCAUAACGGAUAGAGUGUCUCGGCUAUCGCAGCCAUGUUUGAGAGAAUCACAGAGGCCCACAUGAGUCGCUUGAUGCGGAGGAUCGAGGCGAAGUUUGACAGGACCGAGGCUAGGUUUGACAAGAUCGAGUCAUUGGUGGAGACCAACACCCCGACACACACGCCUCAACUCCAGCAAGAAGAUGUGGUGUUGGCUAAACCAUGCAGCAUGGUGAUGGAGCUGCUGGAGUUGGAUAGGAGUCUGGAACAACCAGACAAGAGGAACAAGAUGCAACAUUUUCUUGAAACUGUCGGAGGAGCAGGUUUAGGGGCAGCCAUUCAUUCACCGUAUGCUACGCCGAGUGGCAAAUAAUGAGGUACUCGCCCAGUACAGCUUGCGGGGCAGACGGGCCAAAAUGUCCUUUGAUGACCUCAUUCUGUGCAAGAUUAUAAAGGCUGCAUGUGUCAAAAAAUUUCCCGGCCAUACGGAAGCUGAAGUGGAGGAAUGCCUUGGGCAGACUCUAAAAUUUGCACCACACAGACGGUAUACUUCUGCUCUCUAAUUUGGUGCAAUCACAGAAAUUUCGUGGUUGGUAGUAGGGUGGUUUAUCAUGCUUUUGUGGACAUGUGCUCAUUGUUCUUGUUUUUAAACAUUUUGU